AUGUUAAAACUUUUAGUUUUCUUCUUUUUUUGUCUAAUAUCAAUUAAUGGUCAUGGUUAUUUAUUGGAACCAAUUGCUCGUAGUUCAGCUUGGCUUGUUGAUCCAUCAUUUAAAGAUUGUUGUACUUAUGAAGGUCAUAUGGAAAUGUUUUGUGGUGGUGUUGGACAUCAAUGGAAUACAAAUGGAGGUAAAUGUGGUAUUUGUGGUGAACCAUACGAUAGAGCAGUGAAAUUAUUUGAGAAAGGUGGGAGAAAAUAUUUAGGUAAAAUAGUUCAAACAUAUAAACAAGGUCAACAAAUUGAUGUAAAAAUAAAAUUAUCAGCUAAUCAUCAAGGGUAUUUUGAAUUUCGUUUAUGUAAUAUGGAUACUGAUCCAAAUUCUGAUGCAACACAAGAAUGUCUUGAUCGUUAUUUAUUAACGAUUAUUGAUACAAAUUCAACAAAAUAUCGUGAUAUUACUAAACAUGGUUCUGAGAUGAUUACUGUUCAUGUUCAAUUACCUCCGAAUAUUGCUUGUCAACAUUGUGUAUUUCAAUGGAAAUAUACAACAGGAAAUAAUUGGGGUAGAGAUCCGACUACGAACAAAUCAGGUCCUGGUUUAGGAAGAGAAAAUGAAACAUUUAUGGGUUGUUCUGAUAUUACAAUUAUUGGUCAUACUACAACUACUAUUCGUCCACCAAAGAUUAUUAUUUCUGGAACGUAA